AUGCACUACGAGGCACGUGUCCAGUGCGUCCGCGACUGGCAUGCCGAGCGCAAAGUUUGGAUGAGUAAGGCUGAUUGUCGGGAUAUGCUCAUGGCACCGUGGCAAACCCUCCUCGAUGCGUCGGGGAAGACAAGGCGUGCUUUCUUGCGAUGGUCAUAUGGUGGACAUCCCCGAGUACGCCCGAAGUACGAGGAGGGCAAGCGUAAGCGUUUAGAGAUGGGAGGUGGAUCACAUGUCCUGGGCAGCAAGAACUUGGCCCUUACCUUGCAGCAAGAGGAAGUGAAGACAGGCGUGACACCAAACUUGUUUGGCCUUUUCCAAAAGUCCAAGACCAGGAGGGAGCCGCAUCCUGAAACGGGGUCCGUGUGGGUCAACGGGCUAGCGGAGGCCCAGUGUGGCGCGUACCGCUCGACGUUCAAGGCCAAGCACGGCGAAGACGCCGACCCAACCACCGAAGACUUUGAUGUUGAGGUUGCGGUGCUUGCGGGACAAGGCAAGAAGGGUGGCCGCCUAUGGAUUGCUGACGGGUUAGUCGACCCAUCGACCAUUCCAUCUCUACGCCAGAUCCGUCGUGGGCGUACGAGCGAGCAGCCUCGGGUAGAGACCCGCCCACGGGCUUCGGACCUAGCUGUGGAGAAGUUACGGGCGGAGAUGGAAGAAAGGGAACAGAGGCACCAAGAGGAGCAGAUGCAGAUGCAGCAGCAGCUUAGGGAGAACAUGCGGAUGCAGACAGCAGAUGUUGCAGCGAGAUGCAACAACGACGACAGAUGUUCCAGACAGAUGUUCAUGAACCAGAGCCGUGUCGACUUCCCCACCGGGAGUAGUGCUCCUAGCACGUCGUGUCCUCCUAUGUUCCCCAACCGGAUCCCCGCGCUCGAUCCGGCUGUGAUGGCGCUCCUCCAGCAAGCGCCAAGUCAGAGCCCGCUGACACCUGGCUUGACCGUCAACAAUACGGGCAUCAUCCGGAGCCUGCAGCAGUUUCUAGGUGAGUUCUCCUACACUUCUAAUUGA